AUGGAGUGCAAGCUGGAAGCUCACCGUAUCGUCAGCAUCUCGCUGGGCAAGAUGUACAGCGCGCGAGGUCAACGGGGCGGCGUGAAAUUGCACAAAAAUCUCCUCGUGUCGCUGGUCCUGCGCAGCGCCCGGCAAGCCUACCUGAGUGAAUUCGAUUGCUCACCUUCGCCUCCUCUCGCUGCUGCUGCUGCUGCUUUUUCCUCGCCAGCAGCCGCUGCGCCGAAUCCCCUCCGAGAUGGCGGGGACGAAGGAGGGCGCCCGCCGCUGCCCUUGUCUCCUCCUCGCGCCUUUCUGCCGCCGGCGCGGGCGAUCUUGCCGUCUGAUCCCCGGACUUCUGCGUUGUGCCGGAAGCUCCCGUCGUCUGAGAGGGAAGUUCCGCGGUUGCCACGCUGCUGCUGCGGCUGCUGCUGCUCUUUCGUGAGCGAAGCUGGCAAACGGCCGGCCGGGGCUCCUCCUGCGCUCUGCUGCUCCCGAAAGCGGAACGCUGCUGUUCAACCCGAGGGCGGGACGGAGGAAACGUCUCCGGGGAGCUCUCCGCUGAAAAAGGUCCGCAGGGAGGAAGAGGAGGACAUGGAGACGGGCAAUGUGGCCAGUCUGAUCAGCAUCUUCGGCUCCAGUUUCUCGGGGCUACUCAGCAAAAAGUCCUGCGGGGGCGAGAGGGAGGGCAGCAAUCAACGGGGAAGGCGGCAAGAGAAGGAGGAGGCAGGAGCGGCCGAGGCAGAGCCCGGACAAAUCUGUUGCGAUGAAUCGGUGCUGCGGAACCUCAACCCUUGGAGUACGGCUAUCGUGGCUUUCUGAACUUCCUCCUCCUCCCCCACUGAUCCCGGGGACACAAUGUGGGGCAGCUUUGAUUCAGACACAGAGAGUAGGCGCUUAGGGACCGUCAGAUAGGAAUGGGGACUCGUGGCUCCAGGUGCUGUCCUCCUGAAGGGGUGUGUGU